AUGGACAAAGGCUCCUCGUCCACGCCGGGCACGCCCACCAUCAACGGCCGCAACGCCAUGGCCGACGCCCUGUCCCGCUCGCGAACGCCCAUCCGCCGCGACUCCUUCGAUCGACCCAACAACACCUUCCCCACCGUCGAUGCCACCAGCGCCCCGAGACGCUUCUCCACUGGCGCCUCUGCCAUCCCCAUGCCCACAGCCCAGGUCGUACUGGCGCAAGCCGAGGCGCAGCUCGACUGGGAGGAGCGCAACGAGUCUCGUUCAAUGACGCCACGGGAUCACAAGGACCCCCUCGAUGCCCUGGCUAGAUUCGACGAGCUUUCUCGCCUGCCGACCGCUGUACGCUUGACACAGUUGACCAGGAACUCGCCCUGCUUUUUCCACAAGAGAUUCGGUGACGCCGUGGAUAUUGAUAAAGUGUUGGAAGAGAUCCGUGGAGACGACCAGCUCAGUCACAGCAGACUGAUGCAAACCGCGGCAAUGGUGCGGGAGGUGGGCAAGAAGUUGCAGCGAAAACCUUUGAGGAGGGCGGCGAAGAAUGUUAUGAUCAUCACCAAGGCAAGGGACAACACGCUGGUUACGUUGACGAGGGAGCUCACACAAUGGCUGAUGGAGACACCGAGAUACGGCAAGGACACGGGUGUGAAUGUAUGGGUCGACCAGAAGCUGAAGAACAGCAAGCGGUUUGAUAUCGAAGGACUGUACGCGCACAACGAUCGAUUCGAACACCAGCUACGCUUCUGGUCGCCUGCCCUCUGCUUGGAGAAGCCGGAGAUGUUCGAUCUGGUAGUCACGCUAGGCGGCGACGGCACUGUCCUCUUCACCUCCUGGCUGUUCCAGCGCGUUGUCCCGCCUGUACUGGCCUUCUCUCUGGGCUCGCUCGGCUUCCUCACCAACUUCGACUUUGAGAACUACAAGGAGCAGCUCAACCAUGUCAUGGGUGAUGCCGGCAUGCGCGUCAACAUGCGCAUGCGCUUUACAUGUACGGUCUACCGCUCCGCCGCAUCAUCCUACACCUCUGCAGCCUCUUCCACCAGCAUCAGCACCACAACCUCCCAGUCCGGCCUCGAGAACGGCGCAGCCUCCAACCCUGACACAAACGCCAAGAUCGAAGGCGAGACUCACGAAGUGCUCAACGAGCUCGUCAUCGACCGCGGCCCUAGCAGCUACAUCUCCUCCCUCGACCUGUACGCAAAUGAUAGCCUACUCACCCGCAUCUCCGCCGACGGCAUCAUCCUGUCCACGCCAACCGGCAGUACUGCAUAUUCGCUUUCAGCGGGCGGCUCGCUCGUACACCCGGACAUCCCCGCCAUCCUUCUCACGCCUAUCUGCCCUCACACCCUCUCCUUCCGACCUAUGCUGCUAAACGACGACAUGGCGCUCAAAGUCGCCAUCCCCUCCACUGGCCGCGGCGGGGCGUUCGUCAGCUUUGAUGGGAAAGGCCGCGUGGAGCUUGGACGAGGGGACGAAGUGGUGGUACGAGCAUCUCAAUACCCCUUUCCGACCGUCAUGGGCCAGCCGCUGGAGUGGUUCGAUAGUAUCAGCCGCACCCUCCGCUGGAACACGCGCGCAGCGGAGCAGAAGGGGUGGGCUGGCGGUGCCGCAGGACAUGGAGAGGGCGAUGGAGCAGAUAUGGUGGGCGAGGAGAGGGAGAAGGAGAAUGAAUUCGACAUCGAUUUUGACGAGGAGGAAGAGAAGUUUGAGAAUGCCAUGAGGCCGCGGACGAACACGGCGAAUGGCGUGGAUGGAGCGCGAGGGAGUGGGUAUGGGGACAGUGGGUAUGGAGGAGCGAGUACGUUUUCCGAGCCGGCGGGAGGUGGGCAUGCGAAGAGAGGGUGGAGGUAG